GAAAAGUGAGUGAAAUUUGUACUAAAAAAAUUUUGUGCUGAAAAUUUUUCUUUGAAGAAACUUUUGUGAAAUGUGAAGGAAAAUUUCUUUUUUGUUGGUUCAAGAGUUUUUUCUUGUGCUAGGGAGAAAAAAAUAAAACAAAAAGAGAGGGAAGUUUUUUGGUGUGGUCUUGGGGGCGGUUGGUUUUUCCAAUUGGAUUUUCUGGCGGAUGGGAGAAUGAGGACAACCAUAAUCUGCGAUCCGGCCAUUUUGAAGACAUCGCAAGUGAAUGAGCAGCAAAUGGAAAAUCGUGAAAAUCGUUAUAUAAAGCGAAAACGCACCGAAAUCGAUCCACCAAUGGAUGGGAGUGAUUUUCAGCAGCCGGUCAAGUGUAUGAGGACCUACAUGGGCAAUUUGUACAAUCAGCAGGAGCAUCAGUAUGAAUUUGUCAAUGUUAUGUUCGAUAGUAAUCUCCUUCCAGUGCAAAAUCCCAUAAUUUCCGAAGCAAAUUCCGCCAAUUUGGCGGAAUUUUCUGCCAAUUGGAGCACCAAUGAUCUUCUGGAUUUGGACCAGAAGACACCAUCGUAUGGUCAGCAGACGCAUUUGGACACUUUUACCCCGGAUUCUGGUCACAGGCACACGAAAAAUCCCGUGAGCAGUGAACCAAACAAUCAAAUGCCCUCUGAAGAUCUCGAGGAUAAGAAUUUGUCAUGGCUGUUCAAUUUCAAACUCGAUGAACUCCCUCACCUGUCUCCUGAGGUCAAUAGAACUCCCUCAGUGGCCACAACACCGCGCAAUAAUUCGUCCACGAAGAAGAUCGAUGAGAUCAUUCAAGAGGCAACGGCUGGAAUUGACGAUGAGGAGAUGAAUGUGGCUGAGAAUGUCAUUGUUGAGAAUCCCAAUAGAAUUUUUCUCAAUUUUUCGCGAUUCAGCCAGAAGAAGCCACCCUUCACCUACACCGAACUCAUUGAGUACGCUCUUGAGGAUAGAGGAGAGCUCACAGUGUCAGGGAUUUAUCAGUGGAUCUCGGAUCGCUUUCCCUACUACAAGAGCAACGACGACCGCUGGAAAAAUUCCGUUCGUCACAAUUUGUCCAUCAAUCCGCACUUCCGGAAGGGCAGCAAGGCACCCCAGGGAGCUGGACACUUGUGGACCAUCUCCUCCAGGGACUCUGAGGCCAAUAACUUAGCGUGGGAACAUAAAAAGCAACGUUUGGAGCUGUUCUUCAAGAUGGAAGCUGCCCAUUCCCCGGCUGUGGUCAGACGGGAAGUGGAGACGGCAUUUGAUGAGACGGCUGCUGCUACAGCAAGUAUCCUGCCGCCUCAGGAGCGUCAGUCACCAGAGAAUCAGGCCACUGUUAAGCAUCCUGAAUCCCUGGCGACUUUCUACACUCCACAGGAUCCCCAUCAGAUGCCAUUUGACGUCACGGAUUCCUCAGAUGACCUACGUCGAGUUGCUGGGGAGAUUCUCAAUGGGGUUCGUCGGAAUGUUGAGGUGCAAAUUGUGCAUCCGGGAGCUUCAUUUGCCCUGGAAUCCACUGGGGACUAUCUCAAUCCCCUGUCGAAGGAUGAGAUUGUCCAGGAGAGUGGAUUGCGUUCGAUGGGGUCACAUGGGGGAAGGGGCAGUGACCUGGGCAAUGACUAUUUUGUCACGGAAAUUGAUCCUAUCGAAUUGGGGAUCAAUAUGACGACAAAUGGGGAUGAAGAAGUUCUCUUUGGGGAUGAUUUCAAUCUGAAUUACUUUGGGAUUGGGACUGGAAGCAAUAUUGUUGCCUGACAGAAGACCUAGACUGCCAUGCGCAAUCGAUUCUCUCCAUUAUAUCAUCCUAAGCUCUGGCAAAAUUUCUAACCUAUAAAAGUAUUCAUUUUUUUUGGGCGCCUUUCGCUUGGCGCACAUUUUCUAGUCACUGAAAAAAAAAACAAAGGAAAAAAAAGCUACUCAAUUUAUUUUUUUUCCUCAUGCUAUUAUCGGUGGUAGUGUCUGAUUGUAUGUAACGAUGUAGUGGAUGAGGUUAUGAGGAAAAUAUCGUGAGAUUUUGUACUUGAAUGACAUAAGAAUUAUCUCAAUUAAAUUAAUUUCACACUUUA